AUGCCCCCUUUGUCUCGAUCUGCGGCUGCUGCCCAGAUGAAACCGAUAUGGUCGCCUCUGGUACCCCUCCGCGUCGGUAAUCGCAAAACUGAACACAGCUCUCGACGUAUGCAAUGGAUCGUCUAUGAAAGCCAGAUCAGCUCUUGGGAUGCUUUUGUUGAAGAGGCCAGGGCGUUCACAAAGAUGAUGCAAGGAGUUGAGACGUUGCCGCCUCGAAACGGCGUGCCAGCUUUGACUGAAGUAGAUGAAUACAUUGUCGCUAAUGAGAUGGGAGUAGCUGGAAGGUUUACACAGCAUGUUGGGCAAGCACUUGCUCCAGUUCUUCGAGCAAAUGAGCUGCCGGUCUUUGCAGACGCUGAAGCUGGGCGAAACUUCCCUCCUGGCUGCAGUGUUGAAAGAUUGCCCGAUUUCAUUCUGAUAGAAGAGGAUACGGAAAAAACGUGCCUGGUAGGGGAGAUUAAAGUUCCCUGGAACACCGACCUCGACCAGAUAUCAAUGGACAUCAGGAGGGUUCUGGCCCAGGCCAUCAAAUACAUGGACGACUGUAAAUGCCGUUAUGGUGUUGUCACCACCUAUAACAAAACCCUCUUUCUGAAACGAGUGGAUGACUGGAAUUUCAAGGUAUCUCCUGCCAUCUAUUUCGACACAAAGUCACUACCCACGACGCCUCCGACGAUCAGUCUGAAAGAGGCCAUGGUUUUUAUUGCCUGGCUGGCUGGAAAUGGCCGGCAAGAUUCAGAGUAUCCUAACAAGAUUGGAAAGGAAUUAGUUCAUGAGGAUCUCAACCGAACAGAAUAA